AUGAAGCAAGAUACAUCUUCUUCGUCUUGUAAUUCAACAAGUUUAACCAACAGAUAACUUAAGACCAUAUUCAAGAAAGCUUACGAGCUUUCAGUUCUCUGUGCGAUUGAGGUUUGCGUCAUCUAUUACGGACCAGACGGCCAAUUGAAGACAUGGCCUAAGGAGAAAGAGAAAGUGAAAGACAUUGCUUUGAGGUAUAAAGAGGCCAGAAAACGCAAGAAGAGCCUCAAUCUUCAUGAGUUCCUCGAGAAGGAGAAGGAUAAGGACAAGGACAAGGUGACGACGAAUUUGAAGAAGAAGAAUGUGAAGUAUCCUCAUUGGUAUCCAAAAUUUGAUCACUACUCUCCCCAACAACUCUCUCAAUUGAUUCAGUCCUUAGAACGAACUCUCUCUAAACUGCAAGAAAGGCUUCGUGUUGUUGAGGCGAAGAAACAGAGGAACAACACAAACUUGGUUCAUCCGAACCAACACUUGAAUCCUGAAAAUUUCUCGCUGUAUAUGUACAACCAUGACGAUGCUAUUCUCUCCCAGCCCCCUUUCAAUGCUUCACACGCAAAUCUACUCAGCAAUUACCAAAAUCACUUGAUGAAGCAGGAACUUUAUGAUUUUGGCCAGAACAUGUGUAUGGACAACAUAACCAACACAAACUUUCACCAUCCUUGUUACUCAAACACACAAGGCUACGCACCGUUACUUUCAGUACAAGCAUCUGUAGUGAAUAACUAUGGGUUGACGAAUCACUUAACGCAGCAGAAAGAGCUUAAUGGUUUUGAUCAGAACAUGGUUUUGAUGAGUAAUAUCACCAACAACAACGGUCUCUCAAACACAGUUCCACAUGAGUUUUAUCCAAAUGAGCUAGGUUGA